AUGGACGUGGUGCUGACAUUUGUGGUCGCAGGUUACGGUCGGAAGGCAAGUCGUAGCGCCUUCGCCAGGACUGCCGUGGGGUGGGAUCUCGUGCCCAAAGAGUUCUGGAACCGCGUGGACGAUCUGACUGCCCAGGUGCUGAUCAUCUUCAAGCCGCUAAUCCAGCUGCUCAUGCCGUACAACUCGGACCUCUCGUGGUACAAGAUGUUCGUCUUCUGGCAGGAAUUGCACGUCCUCGUCUCAUGGGCCGCCUUCUUCCAGGUCUGCACGGCCCUGUCGCCCUCGGUCUUCCACUUCCUCUCGGCGACGCCCGGCGCGCGCAUGGACUACCCGCUGGAACAGCAAGCCGACGUGGCGCUGUACCGCCAGUCCAAGACCCGCCACGAGAGCCAGCACGAUCGCUGGCGGAAGGCGGUCGACGCCAAACUGCGAGGAGAAGCCCCUCUUGCCAUCCCCCCCCCCUUGCCCACGAACGCUGCUGAGGUACGCGUCGCGGAGCACCACCGUCUGCGCGGGGCCAAGAUCAAGUUUGCCGUCUUCCCCAAGCUCACCAUGUACCGGCGGAGGAACCUCGGCCGGCCGCUCCCGGACCAGGGCAGCAGGGCGUACUCGCAGCAGGAGCUGGAGGACGACUUCGAAGGCCAGCGCAUCGUCAACCUUUCGAACUGCCGCGUCGUCUACUACCAGGGCCUGAUCUACCCGCGUGACGGUCAGGACGACAGCGUGCCGCUGGAGGUUCAUCUCAACACCCUCGCGCAGCAGGGUGCUAUUGUCCCUCGCCGGCUGUCGUGGGUGUUCUCAUUCUUCCCGAGACUGACCAUUGGAUCCGGAUCCGGAUCCGGGUACUGGUGCGUCAACGGCAAGUGGAAGAGGAAGUUUCUCUGCUGGAAUGCAUACAAUCCCAAGGUAGCAACCUUGGUAUAUGGCUUGUUCUACAGCGUUUUCGGGAUGCUUCCCUACCUUCUCCAGUUCGUCAACUGGGGCAUGUCGCCAGCAACAUGCGGGUGGUACGGAUACUUUCUGGAUAUGUCCUCAGCACUUCUUGCUUUCGCCCUGAUCUGGUGGGGUUCCUCCUACCUGUACUACAAGAAGCGCGACGAGGGCAUAAGCUUCGCGUUUUCUGUCGGGCUUGCCGCGCUGACCGUCGCGACAUGGUACUACUCAGGUGCCAGUCUGUCUGAUAAGAUGCAAGACUUUGUUAAAACGAUUGGUCCGGUUUUCGAGCACAACUUGCCAACGCUCGCCCCCAUCGUCAGCGGCAUUCCCGAAUUCUCGAAGAACUUUCUUCUCUCUGCCUGGAUCGGCUGCGAUGCCAACGGGCCAACGCCUGGUAACGGUCCUGUACUGCCAUCAUGCAAUUUCACCGCGCCGGUGGGAGGCAAGUAG